ACGCAACUUCCGGUUUCGCUUUCAUCAAUGUCAGUCGGAAUGUGCUUAUGCGGAAGCAAUCGUCGAAAUCAGGAAGUAAUUGUCUAUCCUACAUAGCCAAAACAUCAGUGGAUUUCGGGGAUUUUAGAUUAGCUAACGUUCAGGUUUUGAUAAGGAAUGACAAAGUGAAUUUAUCACAUCAUUCGGAUUUCCUGAUCCAUCACUGUUCUGUCACAAACUUGAAACUAGUAACAUAACGGUUACGGUAAAACAAAUAUGUUUUCAGCCAUUGCUGAAAAAUUCACCAAAGGUGUAACCAGUGACGAUGCCUUUGUCCCAGUUAGGUCCAUUGCCAGUGCCCAUGAUCUCAAACUGUUCCAAAUUGUUGUCAAGCGGACGAAAACACACUGCAUUUUCUGGGAAAAAGUGAUAUACAAACCAUAUGAUUUUGAACUUAAUGAAGUACUGUUGAAUUCUCACUCACCGGUGCAUGUUGAUGAGACCUCCCAGGAAGGCUUCUGUAGAUGGCACAGGAAUAUUGAAUUUUCUCUCAGUGGUAAAUUUGGAGCUGCUAUUCGGGAGGAACUUGGUGAUGUCUCAUUUUCGACUUCAAGUACUUUGAACAUCGAAGCAAAUUUAGGUCAGCUUAACCUUGUUCAAUUGGAUUCUGGAAGUCUGGAGCGGGAACUGAUUAAAAGGCGAAUAGAUUUGUCUCAUGUCUUAAUAGAGCAGAUUCGCAGAAAGAAAAACAGUGUAUUGUGUGUUGUCCACAGCAUCGUCAAGCUUGCUCAGAAUGCUGAAAUCAGGAGAACAUCUGACAUUGAUAUUGAAGGGAAAGCCAGUGCUGGGAUACCGGGUGUGAAUGAAGCUCAUAUGAAUAUGGAAGGAGGUUUAGAUGACAAAACGGUCCGUGAUAUAGGGCUCCUGAAAGGCCAGCCUAUAGCCUACAAAGUAUGGGAACUGCAGGUGGACAAGCAUGGAGGAGAGAUUGUGCCGUGCAUCACCAGCGAUAUUUCUGGUGGAUUUAUGAACGGAGAAGAUAUCAUAGGACGUCCCCUUCAGCCAGCAUCAACCAUAGAUUCCACUUUAUAUACACGUGAAAAUAUUGAUGGCCUAGAAAUCGACGGUGCAGGGAUUCAUAAUUUUUCAAGCCCCGUAGACUCUCCAGAAAAAGUUUCCCGGAUUCUACAGCCUGUGUUUUCCAUGGCUGAAGUAGACAGAGGGAAAAUCAAAGAAUUGCUUUUCAACGCAUCAGCAGAAGAUUUUGAAAAGCUGGACAUCCUUUUUGAUCAAGUGGAGAACAGAUUUGGUGAUCCAAAUACUGAUGAUCCCCUCACAUUAAAUCAAAUUGGGGACCUUAAAUUCAGUAACCAGGAAAUUUGCCGCCAAUUUCUUCUGCUGGCUGGAUUUGAGCAUAAGGGUGAAGAAAACAUAAGAUCACCACCAGUGCCUACGCCAGAGUUUGAAGCAUGCUGUCGGCUCAUCGAGGCCAUGGAGGAGUUACCAGAAAAUGUGAUGACAUUAGUCCGAAAAUGUCGGCCUGACCUAUGUGUAACUCUUCGUCAUGUGAUUGAACAGUUUUUGGAGAGAAAGCCUAUGGUUGAAUUUACCCGACAUGUGGAGGAGUUGGCACGGGACGAAGUUGGAAUGGAACUAUUGAAAGUUCUUAAUAUUGAGGUGGACAUGGUACGGAAAAAUCCACUGAUAGCUCGGAACUGGAGACUCGCUGAUUGUGUGGAUGAACUAUAUUGGUGGCUUUGUGCUAUAUAUUUACGGUGACAUCUCACUAUGACGUCACAGAGGGCUGUAAGGGAGAUAACUUAGACCGUCACAUCAAAAUGUAACAACAGAGCAGGUUUCUUUUUUGUUGUACAAAUGGUUUUACUAUUUGUACAAAAGUUGCUCAUUUGAAAAAUGUGAGGGCAGGCAUAGUUAUGUUAUUGUAUUUUCUGAUGAUCCUUGACAAAGACUUUGAAAGUCAUGUAUUAAUAACUGAAAGCUUGUCAAGACUUAUGCCAAUAUGUUACGGUAUAACAAUCCAAGAAUCAGUUUAUUUGUAUAGAAGAAAAGACCUUUGUGUGUCAACUACUUGGGCGUUGUUUCUAAUGGUAGAACUUUUCAGGGGAUAAAUGGUGAGCCAAAGGAAGAACGGGAAAAAAAUUGUUAUUUCAUAAAGUUGAAGUUGGAACUGAAGAUAUAUAUUUUAUUAUUUUAUUUCAGUCUGCAGGCAAUAUUCCUUUGCUAUAAAAUUCUAGGGAUGUUUUUGGGUCCAAGCCCUAGGUGAAAGAUUGAUACUUUUUAUUGGUUGGGUUAAAAACUCUUCCUUGCUGCAUUUUAGGCAGAAAAAUUUCUUUUUAUCGCUAUUUCUCAGAAAGUAUUUUAGGGAUCUUUCUCAAAUGUCAUAAAUAAGUUCCGCUUGGUCUAUAGUUGUGCAUAUUGCAUUUUGGGAUGAUCGGAAAAACAACUUGGUCGACAGGCGGCCAUUUUUGAUUUUGACAAUAGAAGUUUGUUAUCACUAUUUCUCAGAAAGUACUGAAGGAAUCUUUUCAAAUUUCAUAUGCAUACAUCCACCUUGGUCCUGAGUUGUGGCUAUUGCAAUUUGUAACUGAUAAAAAAAAAAAACAUGGCCGAUAGGAGGUCAUCUUGGAUUUUGACAAUAGCAGGUUACUUCUGCUAUAUAGUGUUAAUAUAAAGUUAUUAAUUGCUUUGUAGGAAGAGUGAAAGAAGGGAAAAGAAGAGAAAAGAUCAGUCUUUCAUUUGACUGAUAUGGAUCUUUCAAUGGUUUGCACCAAGAUCCCUUUAGAAUCUCUUGUUAUUUCUAUAUUUGCAUACCACUAUCCUCCUGAAGCCUAUUAGAUAAUUAUAAUUUAAUCAUGACACACAAAUGAACUUGUAGGUUGUCCAAAUCAAAGUUUUUAAUACAAAAAUACCAAACAAAAAUAUUCAUGUAUACUGUAGGUUGUGUCGAGAUGUCCAUGUACACGUAUUUAAAUGCUAUAUUCUAGGUUUGGUUGAAAUAACAUUCAUACUUUUCGAGAAACUAAUUUGAAAUCUUCCAAGUCAACAUUUCCAGCAUCCCUAUAAUUUCCAGAGUCACUGGACCAUAAAUUCUGGAUGAUAUUCCAGAAAUGAAGGCUGUGUUAAGAUGUCCAUUGUUUGAUCUAACUAUAUAUCGGUUAAAGGUGGACUUACACAUUUUGAGCAAUGGAUCUAAAAAUGAAACUAUCCAGAAGUUUUGCACGAUUCUACACGAAAAACUUCCAAUUGAAUUGUUGACACUGUCCUAAACCCAAAAUUUUCAAGUGCAAUUUUGAGGAUAUAUUGACACCGCUGUACAUGGUUGUCGCUGCUGGAUAUGUAGCACCAAGUCUUUCUUUGCACCUUUUUCGCAGACGAGAAAAAAAAUUCUCUAAUUCUAUGUCAUUUACUUCUGCGAAUUAUUUGUAAUUCUGUGAAGUCAUAAGUGAUUCUCUGUUUUGUACAGUCCUGAUUUUUCUCUAUCUUUCUGUCUAUUCUUUAUCUUAGUAAAUUAAACACAGAUAUUUCAAACACUAAUUGUUAAAUCGAACACUGCUUUUGUGUUUAAUGUAUUUUGUGGUCCAUCACUUCUAAAUUAUACCAAAAUUUCCUUUUGGAGUCCAACAACCAGUUGUUAUCUCGGGAAAAAUUCCUGGCCUCGGUCUGAUGGACAAAUUGUGACUGGUCAGCCUUAUCAGUGUUAGCGGACUCUAUAGCUAAAGAUUUUGACUCUAUCAAUAGAUCAUUAAGCUCUUAAAAAAAAAAAAAUUACCCAUUGAUCAAAACUUCAAAGAAAACAUUUUGCAAGCUGAAAAAUCUACACUGUUUUGCCAAACAUCAGAAGGAAACGUUAUGAUUUAUAGUUGUAUCCCUAUCCAUUGUUUUGUAUAUACAAUAUAGUGUUGACAUUUAGUGCUGAAUUAUGCAUUUUUUGAGCCAGUUUUUUUUAAUAUGACUUUAUUUACUUAUAACAAUCUAAUAAACAAGCUUUGGUUAAAUCAGUUACAUAUGAUAUAUAGAAUCUCACAAUUGUUUAUAUUAAGUCUGCCUUUCACAAAAGUUUUAAUCACUGAAAAUAUUUUUGGUAUAUCUAAGUGUAAUUAUAUAUGACUGAACAAUAUUUGAUGGAGCAUUUUAUUUAUUGAGAAUGAGUUGAUUAUAGCUAUACAAUUGUACUUACAAAUGUAUAGAGAAAGGCAAUGUGUUUUAUAAAAAUCUUGUACUUUAAUUCAUUUCAAUCACAGGGGCUUUUAGCAAUACUUACAUGUAGCAAGAAUUAAUAGCAUAGAAGAAAUAUGUAACAGUACAUAAUUACAUCAGUAUGUUACUAGCCCCUGUGAUUCAGUAUGAGGAUUUCACAUUAGGUGCCUUUCAAGUAUUAACUAGCUGCAUUUGAAUGAGAAUUUCAGACUUUGUUUGAUUCUUUUUAUACAAUUUUCAAAGACAUAUGUAUGUACUAUUUAAAAUAUAUUUUUAUGAGAAUUGUAUGCCUUAAUUCACCAUAAAAACAAAGUUAACAUGAUAUUUAAUUACCGGUAUUGUAAAUUGUUAGCAGAUCUACCGGGAUCAAAUUACAUGAUAAAUACUUUGUAUUUAGCUGAACAGUAUGAAAUAUUUUGUGUCCUUAGUUAGGUAAUAAGCCUCAUGAAGCAAUAAUUAACACUGCAAUCCCAGCAAGAAUUAUGUUUAGUACAUGUAUAUAUCCAAUGGCCGAGUGGUUAAGGUGUCCCGACACUUUAACACUAGCCCUCCACCACUGGGUUGCGAGUUCGAAACCUACGUGGAGCAGUUGCCAGGUACUGACCGUAGGCCGGUGGUUUUUCUCCGGGUACUCCGGCUUUCCUCCACCUUCAAAACCUGGCACGUCCUUAAAUGACCCUGGCUGUUAAUUGGACGUUAAACAAAAACAAACAAACCAAAAUAUCCAAUACAGAUAAUUAAGGACUACAUUAAAUCGUAUCAUCCAGUGAACCUUCACUUCUGGCCUUCCCAAUAUCUAGUCGGUCUAAUUAGAUAUUGACCGGAAGUAUUCUGACCAGUAAUUUCGCAUGUCCAAAUUGACCACAAGAAAUUUAUUUUGAAACUGGCAAUAGUGUUUAAACUCAUUUGAAAAUGCUCUUACAAGGUACAGAACAGCCAUACAUUCACAACUUGUGUAGAAUAUGAACUUUUAACAGACUAAAUAUCAUUGCAUCUAUUGUAAACAUACAUAUUUUAGCAGUAAUAUUAUCUUUGCACUUUUCACAUUAGAAGCAUUACGCUUAAGUAUGAUUGCAGUAAUUGCACUUUCUAUAUACUCUUUCGUUAUGAAAUAAUUUUGGCGCACCAAUUCACAAAUCCAGCAAAAUUUGAGUACGCCAAAUGAAAUAUGAUUACAAUUUAAGCAUCAUAACAUUCCUAGAAAUGUUGGGGUAUAAAACCAGCAAAAUCCAUCUAUCACAAAUCCAGUUUCAUUGCCACAAAAACAAUCCAUGCAGUGAUACAUUUUAUUUAAAAUUUGUGAAAAGUAAGUAUAGAAUUGUCAGAGGCUGUCUGUUGUUUUUCAAUUUUAAAAAUAAAUAUGAUUAGUGCAUGCAUACUUGUAAUUUUAGCAUGUGUUGAUAUAACCAGAUCAAAAUAAAUAUAUUUAAAAGUUCA